AUGUUUCUAAUAAAGAUAAAUGUUUAUGUUGUAGGGGAGAUUAUUCUGCUCUCCAAAAACAAAAAGCAAGUUGAAGAUGAGAGAGAUGCCAUCGCCAAAGCUUUGUAUGAAAGGAUGUCUGGAUGGUUGGUCAGGAAAGUCAAUGAUUCACUCAAAUCAGUCAAAAACAGGUAAACUAAUAAUAAUAUAUUCAAAUGUUAUGGUAUAUCUAUCUUCCUAUUCCCAUGUCAGUGUCAAAUUAUACAUUUUCAAAAAUUCACAAUGAGACAGUAUCCAAGAAGUACUAUUGCCCCAAACCAGGGUAUUACAAGCAGCAUUAAUAUUAUCUCAUUUAACACGGCUGAGGGUCAACAAUUAUUUGUAUCAAAUAAUAGAGAAUGAGAUUUUAAAAGAAGAAAUAAAAAUAAUAAAAAAAUUGCUUUAAAAGGGAAUCAAAAUGUAUGGAUUUUGAAAUAGUAGUGAAAACAGAUAAAUUGACAGAUCUAUUUUUAAUCCUUUUGCGCUGACAUUGCUUGACAAUUCUUCUUAAAUGACUAAUUCCUUCUAAAAAAUUUGAACAACUUUAUUAUUUUUUUAGCAGGAAAUCAAAAAUGUGUAGUUUUUGGUAAUAAAAUAGUUUUAUUAUAGAUUAUGAAAAUUGUGUUAUGGGUGAGCUCAUGGAUUAUUAUUUUAUUUCAAUUAGAAAUCUGCCAAGUAUUGGUAUAUUGGAUAUUUGUGGAUUUGAAAACCUGGAAAUAAACAGUUUUGAGCAGUUGUGCAUAAACCUUGUCAAUGAACACCUACAG